UUUACAAAUAGAUAUUCUCCCUCCGUGCUGGCCAACCAAAAACCAGUCGAAAGUUAAAAGUAGUUCGCCGACAAGCACGCGUUCUUUUUCUCACAUAUCAAGCCAAAGACACACUACAGAAACAAGACAAUGGCGCAGCAACAACAACAACAGCAGCAGCAAGAAACUUCUCUUGGAGAAGCAAGCUCUAGUUUGGUGGAGGCGAUGAAAAGUGAAAUAAGUCAGUUGGAUGCAAACUGCCAACCACAUGGAAUCAGACUCUUAAAUGAUGAGGUGAAAAGAAUAGAACAAGGAGGGCCAAAGAAACAAGUGCCACUUGUUGAAGCUCAUCACAACCGCCCUCAGGCUGUAGCAUUGAAAGUCAAAAUUCCAGUUUCAGAUUUUCCAAAAUUCAACUUUGUUGGAAAACUACUUGGUCCCAAAGGAAUGUCAUUAAAAAGACUACAAGAGGAAACUGGAACAAAGAUGUCAAUCCUUGGUAAAGGAUCAAUGAGGGACAAAGGAAAGGAAGACGAGAUGAGGAAAGAAGGUGGAAAAUAUGCUCAUUUAAAUGAAGAUCUUCACUUGUUAAUAGAAGUGUACAGUGAGAUAUCUGAUUGUUACGCUCGUCUGUCACAUGCACUGUCAGAAGUACAGAAAUACCUCACACCAGAGUAUAAUGAUGAAAUAACACAACAACAGAUGCAGGAAAUGAACUACAUGUCAAAUGGUUCACAGCCAACUAGAGGUGGUGGAAGAGGAGGCCCAGGAGGGGCACCACCAGGCCGUGGAGCACCGAGAGGAGCACCUGCACCAAGAGGAACAAGGGGAGCACCCAGAGGAGCACCUGCUCCUAGAGCAAGGGGAGCACCAAGAGGUGCACCUAUUGGAGGACGUGGAGCACCAAGAGGAGUUUCUGGUCGCGGUGCACCAGUUGGACGAGGAAGGGCUGCCCCACCCCCAGUAGCACCUGUUGCACAAAGCCUUGAGACAGCUGGAUAUGAUGAUUAUGGUGUUGGUGGUUAUGAAGGUUAUGCAGAUCCUUAUGCCAGAGAUCCAUAUGCAGAAAGUGGAUAUGGUGCAGGUGACACUCAGUAUUUUGAUUACGGGCAUGGUGCAUCAGCAACAGCUUCAUACGAUGAAACUUAUGGUAAGCCAGCUGACAAUUCUUGGGCUACCGGAGCAACAGCAGGAAAAGCUCCACCAACAGGACGAGGUGGAAGAGGACAAUUUAGACCACACCCCUAUGGAGCAGGCAGAGGAGGAUAUUGAAAUAUUUAAUGGUUGUCUGUACCUGUGUAUUGUCAGUCAAAUUGGUGUUCUGUAAAGAAACCUCAAUAGAAAUAAUUGAGGUAUAUACUACAUGCUGCAGUUUUCUUUUUGGUACACCAAAAUGAAUAUGAACAUUAAAUGGAUAAAAGUAAACUUUAAAAUUUACCUUGAAAGAUUUUAAAGCUGAAGAUGGACUAUUUUUGUUACUUUUGCCAAACUAAAUAUUGUUUUAAUUUGUAGUUUUUAACAGGAUUUUAAAUGUUAAAACAAUAUGAUAAAUUUAGUCACGGAUCAAAUGAAGAUGUCAUAAUAUCAUAAGCCAUUGUUGUAAUAAACUUCACCUUUCAUAUAAUUUUGAGUCUUUAUUUUAUCCACAAUAUUACUGUAGAAAUCCAAUGUCUCAAAUACCCUUCCUUACAAAGUAGGUUGUCCACAAAAACAUGAAAUAAUAAAUAGUAAAAACCUUAAUAUAUAAUGCUGUUUGUAAGGUUUGAAACAUCAGUGUUUUAAAAAUCCUGUAAAUAGUUAUGAGGCAUUGGAUUUUUUCUUAAAUAAAUGGUAAAUGUAUGAUUGUAUAAAUUGACCAAAUUUACUUUUUCUUUCCAGUGUUCAAGAAUUGUAAAUGUAACAUAUGCUAUGUUGUGUCAUUAUGAAAUAAAAACAUCAUGUAAUAAA